GUAACUGUGCUGGUCCUUUUUGCCCUUGCGUUCUUAACGUGUGUUGUAUUUCUGGUAGUCUACAAGGUUUACAAGUAUGAUCAUACCUGUCCAGAAGGAUUUGUUUUCAAGAAUAAUCAAUGCAUUCCAGCUGGGUUGGAAAACUACUACUCUGAACAAGAUUCCAGUGCUCGAGGGAAAUUUUACACAGUCAUAAACCACUACAAUCUGGCCAAACAAACCAUCACGCGCUCAGUGUCCCCGUGGAUGACAGUACUGUCGGAAGAGAAACUAUCUGAACAGGAGACUGAAGCUGCUGAGAAAUCAGCUUAGUAUGAUAAGCUCAUUAUUAACACUAUGUCAUUUGAAGGUAACUAAGGGACUUUAAGGAACUUUUCAUUAAAUAUAAUUACGGAUAAUUUAGAGGUUACUCAUGUUUAUGGUGCAAUUGCUUCUGUUUGCUGAUACUGCUUUGCAAAAAACAAAACAACCAAACAAAAAGUUGCUGCAGAACAUUCAUAGGCAUAAACCAAGGUGCAUAUCAGCAUUGCUUUAGAGCUUUGACACCAUUUUCAAUGUUUAAAAAACAAACCCCAAUAUUAGAUAUGUUCUUGCAGUUUAUUGGAUACUGACAGAUUUCUUCACUGGUUUUUCAGGGCUUGGACCUUAGAUAGAUAAAUCAUGUGUUCUGUUGUCUGAACUGAUACUUUAUGUAUUACUUUUUCUGUUCGUUCUUUGACAUUUUGCAAACUGAAACACCCUAGCCCAUAACUAGAGUGAUCUCUUGUUUAGCUGAAAGCUAUAUUUAAUAUUUUGUUUUGGCUCAAGCAAGAAUGAUAGCAUUGAAGUCAAGGGCAUAAUGUAAUGACUUGUAUGGAGAAAGAAACUGUCAGGUAGCAUUUUUCUUACACUUUCUUUACUGUUGAUUAUUUGUAAGUGAUAAUGAAGUUCUCUGCAACAA